AUCGGGCCCAACCAGUCGUAAUCGAUACAAGAGGCUCCUUUUUCUGCUCUUCUUUACUACUUCAUCCCUCCCGUCCCGAAGGAGGCCGCUCCUCGUGAAAUCAAUCUACCGUCCGAGACUCGAGAAGCCAUGAAGUUCGUUUUCAAACUCGCCCUGCUGUGCGUCGCGGUGGCCUUCGUCAUCGCCCAGGAUGUCCAGGAGCGCCCGAAAACCUAUCGGAGACUGAUACCCGCUGACGUCCUUCGCGACUUCCCCGGCAUGUGCUUCGCAUCGACCAAGUGCGCGACGAUCGAGCCGACGAAGUCGUGGGAGCUGUCGCCGUUCUGCGGCCGUUCGACCUGCGUGCCCGCCGACGACAACUCCGGCCGCCUAUUCGAGCUGGUUGAGGAUUGCGGCCCGCUGCCUAAGGCCAACCCCAAGUGCAAGCUCUCCGACAAGACCAACAAGACCGCGAACUUCCCCGAUUGCUGUCCGAUCUUCGAGUGCGAGGAGGGCGCGAAGCUCGAGUACCCGGAGAUCCCGACCCUGCCACCGCCGAGCGCCGCUGACGCGGCGAAGGCGCAGCCGGCGAACCCCUAGAGCCCGACGACACAGCAGCGAAGGGCCGCCCCAUCCUAUCUCCUUACCCCGGGGGUGAGGGUUGCGGUGUGGUCUCGUCGACCGAAAACCAAAUCGAGCGCGCGCCCUUUCCAACACGCCGGACAGACGUCGUACGAUCGAUCAUCGACGAUCAGGAGAGUCAGCGGUGAAACCGUACGUUUCUGAGGGCUCUGCAUCUCCGAAAGCGAACGGAAAAAGCGGCCAGCGAAGUAAAAAGCGAUGCGAAAACUAUUUUAUUUUGUACUGGUCAUUCUGUACUUCGGACAUCCCAUAGAUCCCGCAUCGACACGACGUUCCGAGCGAUUAGCCGCGCUGUUUUACGGUGCCUCCUCGAGGAGGGUCCAUAAACCUCGUCGUUUAACAGCCGUCAGAGUGUACGUUGGCACUGGGACACGGAUCUCCAGCUCGAUUACGGGUCGUUCGACAGGAUUGCGCAACACGUCUGUGCCGAUCGUAAGCGACGAGGCCAUACCGCUGUACCGCUCACCGUCCAACGCGAUCCAGAUUAAGCUAAUUGUAUAUAUAAAUUCAGGCCGCGCCUUCGCAAACUGCAAGCACAAUUCAAGCUUUUCCGACGCACUCUCCUCCCACUCCCUCCUCCUUCCCUGUUUGUAAUCUUUAUCGUAAUCCACUCUCUCGUUAGUUUCCACGAUAUUCUUUCACCUGCUCAACCCUCGGACGUGUGGUUUGCUUACGAAAGUCUAAAAAAGAAAUGAUUCCAUAAGGUUCAAAAGAAGACUUCGUCUCGCGAAAAAGGGCAGACAAACGGAAAAGUUCAGUCAAUACUUUGGCGUAUACCGCUUCGUGAUUAUUGUAUCUCUUAUUGUAUCUUGCACAAGAGCGUUUGAGCGUCGGAGUUUUAGACACUUUUCGACGAUAUAUUUUUUUAUAUGCCUUUCAAUGAUAACAAUUGGUAAUGGCGCAUUUCUUUUUCUAUAGUUAAGUUCGACUUACGCCCUUUUUACAGCAUAUGACAAAUUACUACGUAGCAGAGUCUGGCAAUGUAUCGCAAAUAUGUGUGAUUGUAAUUAUAUGUGAUUAAAUUAAUACUUAUUUAA